AAGUCACAAGCCAGCUGAGCAUCUGCAUCCAAAGGACAGGAACAUAGACCCCUCCCUGGGAGCUAAGCAGGAGUGCAACAGCAAAUAAGAGAGGGGUCAGCUGCAACAGGAUGAAGUAGCAGAUUGCCUGAGGAGGUGUAAAAUAAAUCCCCUUCCAGGCAGGGGCAGCCUGACCCCGACGUGAUUCGAACACGCAGCCUUCUGAUCUGGAGUCAGACGCGCUACCGUUGCGCCACGAGGUCCCGUCAGUCCGGGCUGGAGCGGCGCUUGAAGAGGCUGUGCGCAACACUCCAGCAGUCUGAUCCUGCAAUCUCCCUUCCAGUGUGGAAUUAAUAAGAGUUCAGUGUGUUAAGAGCUGAAAAUUGUCCAACGCACUCAAAUCUGAGAAGCCGUGGAGCCCACAGAAGCAAGCGAAGGUGAAUUGGGGCAUCCCCUAUGGCAGGUCAGUCUAAUCUCUGAAAUACAGAGAGUCCUGAAGGAAACUUCAACUGGCCCCUCAUCCCUAUCUCAGCAAGGAAGGCAGUCUGAGCUAGUGAACAGGGCACGGGAUUGGGAGCUUGGACUCUUCCAGCCUUAAUUUCAGGACUUCAGUGGGAGUGGAAUUCUUUGGUAGAGAUUAUGAAAAGCAACAUAACAAACCACUGAGCACUGAACACAGACUUGCAGAGGGAAUAGCUUUGCCAGCAAAGACGAAGAGGAACAAAAGCCCAGCGAUAAGAGCGGUGCUGAAUAGGUGUCUUCCUAAUUCAGGAUCCCUGAGGUGCAGAAGAGGAGAUGUCUGUCUAUAAACCACAGGGGGAAAGGAAAUGCUCAGUUCAACUCCUGAUAUUAGAGAACUUAAGAAAUAAUGUGUUGGGCAAGUGAAGCAGAGCAGGAGAAGGCGAGAGAGCAAAUGAGACAAGGGAGAGAGAUGGAACGAGAAGGAGAAAGGAGUCAGUUGGAAGGGCUAGGUGCUGCUCAAGGUGUGUGUGGUGGCCUGCACCCUCGGCUGGGAGUCAGGAGACCUGCGUUCUGUUCCCGCCUCCGCCACCAAACAAUUGUGUGACCUCAGCUAACAGGGAUGCAGCUAUGACAGGAGCAGCAGCAGCAGGGUCUGCUCAUGGCAAUGCUCGAGAGGGACCAGGGUUCAGAUCCAGCCACAUCAGAGGGCAGAGGAGAAAGCUGAAGCACAGAGAGCAGAAGCGACUUGUCCAAUCUUCACCCAGUGGCAUAGAGAUUAGAACCCCGGUCUCCCCAUUUCCAGACCUGUUCCUUAUCCAGUAGGCCGUACUACCUCCCUGGAGUCUCAGCUGUUUAACUGGAAGUCCACCCUCCGUCAGAUGCUUCAGCUUUCACACUCUUGUGAUGUCAUCAUUUCUCCAGUUCUCCAAGGAGUCCUCCAGCAGAAAACAGACAGCCUUGUAAUUCUGUAUGAAAACAGACAGGACAAUCUCCCAGGACAGAACAGUCUCCCAGGACUUCUUCUGGCCUCUUGUUCUCCAUGCUCUCUUUCUAAGGGGCGCCAUGCCCUGCCAAACAGAGGGCCCUGCCGUCCCACCGCAGCACAGGAUAAAAUGAACAAGAUGAAAAACUUCAAGCGGCGGUUUUCCCUCUCCGUUCCUCGGACGGAGACCAUCGAGGAGUCGCUGGCCGAGUUCACAGAGCAGUUCAACCAGCUCAACAACAGGAAGAAUGAAGACCUGGCACAAGGGCACCUGCAGAUGGGCCACCUGGGCAGGGGUUUCCGGGCAGAGCCAACCUCCAUUUCCCCCUCGGAGGUGGAAGGCCGGUCCCCGACAGCUGUGCGCUACCGAAGGAACAACCAGCGCCGCUUCUCCAUGGAGGAUGUCAGCAAGCGGCUCUCCCUGCCCGUGGACAUCCGUCUGCCCCCAGAGUUCCUGCAGAAGCUGCAGAUGGACAAUCCAGAGUUCCCCAAGACCUUCAGCAGGAUGUCUCGACGGGCUUCCCUCUCAGACAUCGGAUUUGGGAAGCUGGAAACCUAUGUUAAAUUGGAAAAACUGGGGGAGGGCACCUACGCCACUGUCUUCAAGGGGCGCAGCAAGCUAACUGGGAACCUGGUCGCUCUGAAGGAGAUCCGUCUGGAGCAUGAAGAAGGGGCACCCUGCACAGCUAUAAGGGAGGUUUCCCUGCUGAAGAACCUGAAACAUGCAAAUAUUGUGACCCUCCAUGAUUUCAUCCACACUGAGCGCUCCCUCACCCUUGUCUUCGAGUACCUGGACAAUGACCUAAAGCAAUAUCUGGAUAACUGCGGGAACCUGAUGAACGUGCACAAUGUGAAGAUCUUCCUGUUCCAGCUGCUCCGCGGCCUGUCCUACUGCCACAAGAGCAAGAUCCUGCAUCGAGACCUCAAACCGCAGAACCUGCUCAUCAAUGAAAGGGGGGAGCUAAAGCUGGCUGACUUCGGUCUAGCCAGAGCCAAAUCAAUCCCUACGAAAACAUAUUCCAACGAGGUGGUCACGCUGUGGUAUCGGCCCCCAGAUGUCCUGCUGGGAUCUACUGAGUACUCCACGCCCAUCGAUAUGUGGGGGGUGGGCUGCAUACACUAUGAAAUGGUCACUGGACGGCCCAUGUUCCCAGGCUCGACUGUGAAAGAAGAGCUCCAUUUAAUCUUCAGGCUUCUUGGCACCCCUACAGAAGACUCCUGGCCCGGAAUCACAUCCAACGAGGAGUUUAAGGGUUAUCAUUUCACCCAGUACCAAGCCCAGCCCUUGAUAAAUCACGCACCCAGGCUGGACACAGAAGGGAUCGACUUGCUGACGAGCCUCCUCCUGUAUGAAGCCAAAUGCCGGAUCCCCGCCGAAGAGGCCCUGCGACACCCUUACUUCAAGGCGCUGGGGGACCGAGUCCAGCUCCUCCCUGACAAUGCCUCUAUCUUCUCUCUGAAGGAAAUACAGCUUCAAAAGGACCCUGGAUACCGAGGUUCAGCCUUUCAGCAGUCAGCCCGAGGGAAAAGCAGGAGGCAGAGUAUAUUUUAAACCUGGCUCUUGUUCCCUUUGUCACCAUGGAGAUCAAAGCACUGAGAAAGGAGAGGACUACAUGCUCCCACAGGACCCAUCCACAGAAUAACUGACUCUAACAGGAAGAUACUGGAAUGCCCCUCUACCAUGGGCUGCCCUCUGUCUGUCCCCCAGAAUCCCACUGCUAACACCAGUCAGCCCACCAGUAGUUCUUGUCAAAGGAGCUCUGCCCCCAGUUGCUCAUUUUUCAUGUGACACCACCGAGAGUAAGCUACUGCAUUCCAUACCCGGGUAAGGUACUUUAUCUAGUGACUAGCUACCCUGGGAGUAGCCCUGAGCUCAGGAGACUUGUGUGCUGGCCUCCUUACAAUCCUGGUUGCUGCAGUACAGGGAGGUAAGCUGGAGUGCAGGCAGAGCGCAGAAUCUCAGAGGACUGGCAGACAGCUGGGUUGUGGCGUGUAGCGAUCAUAUCGCAGAAGACGUUUCUGUGAAUGCACGGCAUGCCUGUGCUUGGGCAUCCUGCUAUAUCCACCACUGGGGAAGUCUGACCUGGCAAGACGUAUUGCACUGAAUGAAGGAUGUGCUAUCACAAGCAGGGGACGCCCUACGGUGAGCCCCAUCCAGGGCUUUCUGACAUCAGACAUUUAGUUGGGACUGAAACAUUUAACAAGGGAGAGCUCUCCUUCAGCCCCUCCCCCCAUGGUUAUCAACCAGGGAUCCCUCUUCCCCUCCACAUAAUUUGAGCCUCAUGCACAGUUGCUGGGAUUGCCUGAAUGGCAGCCCCAAGAGGUCCAGAGGAACGAGGUUGUUAAGGGGAAAAUGUAGAUUAGUUGGAUUCCUCUGAUCCCUCGGUUUCCCCAACAACACCCCCCACCCCCAGUUUAUUUUCUAAGCUCUGACACCUGGCUGCUGUCUAAAGACAUCCCUAAAGCAAGAGCACAGAGUGCUGUAGCACGGCUGGUGUUCAGGAUGCAGACUCUGUCAUUAGAUCCAUGCAAAAUGUUCCCCGAGACAUCUCUCACGCCAUGUUUCGCGGCAGUUCCGAGCCCCUCUGAUUUAGCUUUUCUGAGAAACCAGUGAAGUCCCGUUUCCCACAUCAAGAUCCUGCUGUGUUUCUAAUCUGCCUUGCACGGAAAGGUGCGUUUCCACUAGGAAAAGGACCCAUUUCCCAGCGAGCGGCUCAGGAAUUGCAGCAAAUGGUCCAGCCACUUGGGCCCAUCUUUGAGCUCAUAUCAAAACAUGAAAGAGAACAAGUAGUUUCACCGAUUGGUGCGAAUGAGCUGUGCAUGCACAAAGCUGCGUCAUUCCACCUUUGUGGUGGGCGUGCAAAGGUGCUGACCAUACCUCUGCGAGGCUGUGGGAUCAUGAACCAACUCAAACAGAACACAAGCUAUUAAGCAGAAAACAGACCCACCUUUCACUAUCUGCCCGAUCCCCUAGGACUGAGCAUAUUGUGUUGGCCCCGUCUAUUACACACAUUCCGCACUCAGUGGGACACAAGUGCUUGCUUAAAUCGGAACAUGUUCUUAAGUGCUUUGUGUCUUUUCCUCCUCCUCUAUCUCCAGGCCAUGCCAAGUCCAAUCUGGUACAAUAAGGACCUGCUCAAACUUUCCUCCAAAGCUCAAACCAAACCUGAAACUUUUUUUUUUUAAGUUUGAAUUUUUUGUUUGGUUGAUUGAUUUGGGGAUUAUUUUUUUUUAAGUUUUCAUCCCCUGUCCAGCUACCUCACCCUGUCCGAUACCCAUCAUGGCCCAGCUAGCACCAGGAAAAGAUGGGGAAUUGCUCUGGAGAGCAUGCAUCAUGGCUGGUAGACUGACUGUGGGACUGGUAGGCAGGAAGUCCUGAGUUCUAAUCCAGACUUUUCUACUCACACACUGAGUAGCCUUGGACAGGUGAUGGCACUGCUCUGUACCUCUGUUUCCCCAUCUGUCAAAUGCGGCUAAUAAUCAUUAGCUGCCUCAUGUGAGGCAAAGCAUAAGUUAGAAAUGGGCCUGGAUCUGAGCUUUGCCAAAGCUUGAGGAGGUUUGGAUCCAAGGUUCCAGUGCAGGUCAGACGCUAAAUGCUAAGCAUGAUCAUCCCCAGGAGAUUCCCGCCCUAUGUAUACACCAAAGCAGUUUGGACCAAGUUAGGCUCAUCCCAGAUAAGCAUCCAGGCCUCUGUAUUGUUUGAGAUUUGCCCAUCCCUGGUAGGUUUCUUUCGGUGUGUGUCCAGUAUACAGCAAGUUGGGGAAAACACUGUUUCCAUCCAUUAACUCAUUCAGCACUUCACUCUGCAGCACAUGAGUGAUGCGGCCAGCUUUUCCGCAUGCACUUAGAAAGUGUUCUCUGUGCCAGCUGCACCGGGUUUUCUUUUCAAGUGUAAGAGGGAGGUUUACACAUAUUUGGUUGGUGUUAGGUGGAGUAAGUUUUGACACCUGUUCCCCUUUAGCGAUCCUUUAACAAAGCUUUUUGCAUGAGAGUUUCCUAGGUAGAGCAGGAAUCUGUGCCAUGGGCUUACUCUUUCCACUGCAGACACCUCUGUUCGUGGGUGAGUAACUCAAUGAAACUUCCCCUGUAGGUGCUGGUUCAGCUAGGGACUUAAAUAUAUGCUCAGUUUUAAACACCUGAGUAAUCCCAUUGAUGCUAUUGUGCCUACUCACAUGUCUCAAGUUAGGCGCUUGUUUAAGGAGCUGUGCUGACUUGGGGGCCAUAACGUCCCAGCCUAGGGGUGAAUAUGGACCUAAUCCAUCUGCCCACUUGUGAGUUAUAGGGCCAAGUCCAUCACCAGCCUGGGGACAAUGCUCCCCUAUGGGCUCCAUCACUGGAAUUUAGAGCACUCAUACUCAGUGCCAAUGUCUCUUGCUUAUUCUCCUACAUCCCUUGUGUGUGUUCUUCCUGGUCUCAUCAGCCCCAGGCUCUGAGGACUCAUCUAGGCAUGUAAGCCAUGGUGAGUUAUGUUGUAACAUCUGUGGCCACCUCUGAAUCUCAGCUGCUACAAUGCUGUGCUUGGGGACUGUUUGGAAUUACCAAGCCACAGCAAGGAUAGAACUCAGCACUUCCUGCUCCAAAUCCUGCCCCAGGAGCUAAAGGGGGAUCCCCAUUGAGCUUUCUGAGUAUAGAGCCUAUGAAGCCCAGAUAGGCAGGUCUAGUUCCAUCCUGUAGAGGGCAGUGGAGCUGUGCUGGCACUAGAAGUUCUUGAUGUCCAACAUAGUGAGAAUAAUGAGGUUUUGGGGCAGCUAAUGAUUUGUUACACGGUUAACAAGGGCAAUGUUUUCAUUGACUUUUGGGCAGAAGAGGAAACAGUCGUCUACCGGUGCUUGCAGUCUGUUUUCCAGGGGUGCCAAGCACCCGCCGCACCCACUGAAAUUAACUUUUGUCGGAAGUGCUCAGUGUCUCUGAAAAUCAGCUCUGUCUGACUCAGCUUAAAUCCUUCCAGCCUAGGGACCAGACCUUCAGAUAAAGUACAGACCAGGCUUUCAGAAAGCUUACGGGGGAGCAAGGGACGGUGGCUUGGUAGGGUCAAUAGAAUCAAAGAAAUUCAGGGUGGGAAAAGAUGUUAUUAAGUCUGCUCAUCCAUCCCCCUUGGUCUUUUGGCUCUAACAACACAGGCUUCUACAACUGGUGCUAAAGGAGAGCUCCCUUAUCUGACAUCAGUAGCAGGCACUUCGGUCUCUGGAGAGCUCCACCAGUCUCAUGUACAAACACACCAGCAUAGUGCGUACCCAGCCUCCCACCCCAGUGCCUAUGGGGCUAAUUUUCAAAGGUGUUGCUGAGCAUCUGCAAUGCCUGUUAGCUUCAGCUGAAUCAGUGGGUGCUCAGCACCUCUGGAAGUCUGCCCUUUCCCCAUUACUCUCCACUCGAGAGGCCUACCAUAGAAAUACCAGGGAGAGGAGAACAAGGGAGGCAAUGUCACUCACUGGCGUGGAGUCAUCUGGGCUGCAAAGUGGGACAGAAGGUUAUAGAAUGACCGUGACCAUGCAGCCAGGACUGUUUUCUCCAGGUUCAGCACGUGAAGGAGAAAGUUAUCUCCAAGCCUGUAACCCGUACACUCUACUCCUGCGUAGCUCUGUCCGUUUCCCCACAGACCUUUCCUGAAGGAGAUCUCUCUGGCAGGACGCUCUUAUUUAUUAGCCUAGUGAGCUGCUAGCAGUGUGAGUUUAAGAUAACGCCUUUUGUUCCCCGGCAUUUCGGUGGGUGUUUAUUCCUAUUCAGGAGAGUGAUAGCACAUGUAAAUAUUUAGCACCCCUCUGAGCAGGGUUUGAUUUAUAAUCCCCCGGCACUUGCUCCCUGGCAGGGCUUGGGAGGCUGAGUCCUAGUUAUGUGAUCUCUGGGUUCCUGCACAUGCUCUGCCUGUAAAUGCCUUCCAGACACCUACAUGUGAGCAGAAACUUUUAGCCCAGUGGCAUGAAGACACUGGUCAGAUCCUGAGCAAAUAUAAAUUGCCAUGGCCCCACUGAAGCUUGUGGGGAUAGAGCCAGAUAUACAAUGGUAUUUAGGUGCCCAAAGAGGCAGAUAGGCUCCUACUGGGUUUUACAAAAGCUCCUAAACAAGUUAGGUGCUAAACUCCCAUCGAAAGCCAGUAGGCGAUAGGGAUCCAACUCACUUGUAAAUCCAACUGAGCACCUAUCUGCAUGCUUAGGUGCCUCAAUAUGUUUAUAAAUCUGGCCCCUACACAGAUUUGCAUUUGCUGAGCAUCCAGCUCUGUCUCCUCUGGCAGAUUAAUCCAGUUCUGUUCCACUGUGCAUGUAGACCGUUGCAUUAAUUUGAAUGUUUUCAAGGCUGAAGCAUUGGUUGCAUUUUGUUUCCUAGGGUUUCACCGGGCAUUAUUUGCUAAUUGCAUGGUGCCACUGAGCUGUUUGCAACAGGGAGAUGGCAAAUGCAAUGGAUAAUUUCAUAGAUUUAAGAACUAGAAUAGAGAUUUAGCCAGGAAUCGCUGACCUACCUCGUCUGUGUGACAAGACGCAUGCAUUGUACUGUAAUAUGGUAUUGCCAUCAGCUGGCACACUUCAAGGCUGUGAUCAACCGGACUGGCUACUCUGGUUGGAGUAUCAGCAACAUUAUGGGAGUGCAUUAACCCAGUUGUUCUUGCUGCACAUCAAGUUCUUUGGGCCUGGUACUCUUCUCACUUAGCAAGGUGUAUAUCAGCCGACUACACUAAAGUCAGUGGAAUUACCCGAGUAUAAAACUGGUGUGAGUCAGUGGAGAAUCAAACCCUGUGUUACUAAUCCAGUAUUAGGUUUGCGAGCACAAGGAGUUCCUUGUUGGAAACUGGGUUUUGUUUAGCUCUGUGCCAGUCUAACAGCCAGUUCAGGCAAGGCUUGGAGAGAGUCUUAACCGAAACCUGCUCUAUCCCCAGUGAUAUGUGAACCUUUUCCCCUCUCGUUGCCAGCAAGUAGAAUUAAAAGGACCUAAGAACGGCUAUAGUGGGUCAGACCACUGGCCAAUCUAGCCCAGUAUCCUGUCUCUGGCACUGGCCAGAGCCAGAUGCUUCAGAGGGAAUGAACAGAACAGGGCAAUUUUGAGUAAUCCGUCCCCUGUCAUCCAGUCCUGGCUUCUGGCAGUUGGAGGUUUAGGGACACCCAGAAUAUGAAGUUGCAUCCCUGACCAUCUUGGCUAAUAAUAGGACCCACACGCACACUUAACAUUUUUUUAUAAAACCUAAUAGAAAAAUGGCCAUGACUUUUAUUAACUCAAUACAUUUAAAUUGGUGGAUUUAAACAUUCUCCAGAACAGCAGCACUGAGACCAGGAAGUGAAACUGAUCAGUCUAAUAUCUCCUGGUGAAGCACAUAUAUGGAAUACUGGGUUAAAAGUAGAGCUGGUUGAAAAAUUGGAAAUGUCUAUGGGGGUUUUUUUAAUGUUCACAUUUUUUAAUGUUUUUUGACCAGCCUUUAGUGUGGUUGAAACUUUUCCAACAAUUGGAAUUUCAAGGAAAUUUUUCUGCAAAAAUUUUUUUUAAUUUCUUGGGGUUUUUUGUAAACUUUUUUUAAUUUCUUGACCAGCUCUAGAAAAAAGUGAGUUGGAUUUUUCUUUCAAAUCUAGGCACUACUCCUUUAAAAAUCUGCAUUCUUCCAUCGCAACAGCUGAUAUCUAGCUCCAGUAAUGCCGAUAACGCUAGUGUCAAUAACAAUGGCUGUGUUACAGUGCAACAAUAAAACUUCGGAGACAUCGUCAUUUUAUUUCCCACUCCCCGUAAACAUGCACCUUUCCUGGCUCGAAACAUUUGCAGAUUUUUGUUGCAAUUUUAAAUAGCAAAACUCAGUGUGUCUGUUCUCAUGGUUACGAGAAAAUAAGCAUUUUUCUCCCCCUCCUUUAAGGUGGAAAAUUAGAGGAGCCAUUUUCCCCUAGCUUCCGAGCUGUGUGUGUUUUCUCAUGAUUUGGUGUCACUCAGAAAUGAGGUCACUGUUAGAACGUGAUCUGGAGGAGCUGAUUUAACUAACGUGAUGUUUAACAUGACUUUGUGGUCCGUGUCAGCUUGUAGGGGAAAAUGGUGCUUACGUCAGACCAGCUGGUUGGGGUUAAACCUAGGGGUCCAGCUGGCACCAUAUUAACACACACAGAUUCCUGUCUGCACUGACUGCAAAGGUCUGUUUAACACCAUUUCAGUUAAUAUGACUCCUCAAGGUCAUGUUCUAACUGCCUCAUUUUUGAAUGAGGACAAGGUCUGAGUGGUGAUGCAAGAACCUUGCGUCACUAAGGCUCGGGGUAAAAGCAGACAGGUGGAGAAACGGCGGGAUGGUGGAAAUGGCUUAGCCCUACAGAUUGAGGUACAUUCGCAUCUCAAUGGGCUUUGUGCCUUAAUAUCUACGUGUGGAGUGAAGACCAGACCCCCCAUGGGUUUGAUCUGCUCUCGCUUAUGUGGGUAUUACACUGGUGUAACUGAAAGCAGAAAUAGAUCCCAUUAGCUUAAUUAGGAUGGUGUCACUGUGAUCUCUGAUAGGAAGAUUCCAUGUCAGGUGCAGCAGCAGAUUUUUGAUACCUGCCAACCUCACUCAUUGGAGUAAUCCCCACUCCAGGAGAGCAUCCCCAAUGGAGUCCUAGAACCAGGCCAUAACCAAAUGCUACAGCGUAAUUUGUAGCAGUUCAACCAACCUUCUCCUGGUGACAUCUCUCAGCACAUGGGGCCUGAUCCACUGCUCACUGAUGUCUGUGGAAAGCCUUCCAUUGACUUCAGUAGGCAUGCUGCACUUGCCUCUGACAUCUUAAUCCCGAGGAACCUGCACAGCCCCAGGGGGGCGAAGUCCCCAGAGAACUGAAACCAUCGCACCCCACACUGCCACCAUUUUCUAGCCCUAGUUGGCCAGAGUCUGCUCAGUUUCACCAGUGCAAAUCUGGCAUCCCUCCGCUAAAGUCUGGAUUUACACUAACUCAGAGCAAAAUAUUGGCCCAUAUAUGUGCAGUCCAGUCUUUGUGAGAAUUGGGGUUGAAACUAACAAGGCCUCUCGCACCAAGAGCCACGGAUCUUUGCCUGAAAAUAUUGCUGCAGCUGUGCCGUAUCUGUUCUGUUUCUGUAUCUUGAGUCUAGUUGUUGAAUGCACCUUGCUGUCCCUUCAGAAUUUCUUGCUAGUGAUGUCCCGUGUUAACAGGGGCAAAUAGUAAGAAGCCCCUUUCUGGUUUAUUUGUCACCUUCAUCCUCAGCAUCUUGCUUUUCCUGGAAGAGGAAAUACACACACACACGCGCAAGCCACCAGGAUAACCAUACUGUGAAUGUUCUCCAGUGUGAUUCAUUUGCAAAUACAAAUAAUAUAUUUAACUAUUAUUGUAAAAACAGAAGAUGAAUUUUAAAAGAAAUAAUUUUAAAGGUUUAUUCCAAAAGA